GUCGGCGUCCGGCUGAACAACGAGCACGUGGACGCCCUGAGCUUCUUCGCCUUGCGUGCGAAAGCUCCGGAGGUGUCGCGCAAGUACCUGGAGAAGCUGGAGAAAGUCAUCCCGGCGCAACUCUUCGAUAUCGGCAUCCAGGCUGUCGUCGGAGGGAAAGUGGUGGCGAAG